CAGUUAUCGACAAGCGGAUGAGUCAGCAACAGCGACGAAAGCAAGGAAGGAAGGACGACAACCAACCAGACAACCGCGACGAUGGACGUGCCAGACGCCGCCAAAGACGUGAAGCGCUUCAUCAAGACGGGUGAGGCCCUUCAAGCGCAAGCGCCGUACGCCACGUUUUGGUGCUGGAUGCAUGCGCUGGAGGUCAUGGUUCCACGCGUGCAACAAGACCCAAGCUUACAAGGGUUUGUCAUCCAACUCAUGGACAGUGUCGAACAGAUGAAAACACAACAUGGCCAGCUUAGCAGCGUGUCCGACAAGGACACGGGCCGCGAGUCUGUGGCGCUGCUCGCUGCCAAGAUCUUCCAGCAGGCCGACCGCGAAGACCACGCAGGCGCAACAAUGGGCACGGCGCUCAAGUUCCGCACGGCGAGCACGCUAUUCGACGUGUGCAAGGCCAUGAACCCCGACAUCGAUGAGGUGGGGUCGAUCAACCAGGAAUCCCGCGCCGUAUGCGUGCGUGCGUGA